AUGGCCAUCACCAAGAUCCACGCCCGCUCCGUCUACGACUCUCGCGGUAACCCCACCGUCGAGGUCGAUAUCGUCACCGAGACUGGCCUUCACCGUGCCAUCGUCCCCUCCGGUGCCUCCACCGGUUCUCACGAGGCUUGUGAGCUCCGCGAUGGUGACAAGAGCAAGUGGGGUGGCAAGGGUGUCACCAAGGCCGUUGCCAACGUCAACGACAAGAUCGCCCCUGCUCUGAUCAAGGAGAACAUCGACGUCAAGGACCAGUCCGCUGUCGAUGCUUUCCUCAACAAGCUCGAUGGAACCAAGAACAAGACUGAGCUUGGUGCCAACGCCAUCCUCGGUGUCUCCAUGGCCAUUGCUAAGGCUGCUGCCGCUGAGAAGGGUGUCCCUCUCUACGCUCACAUCUCUGACCUGGCCGGCACCAAGAAGCCCUACGUUCUGCCCGUUCCCUUCAUGAACGUCCUGAACGGUGGCUCCCACGCUGGUGGCCGUAUGGCUUUCCAGGAGUUCAUGAUCGUUCCUUCUGAGGCUCCUACCUUCACCGAGGCCAUGCGCCAGGGUGCUGAAGUCUACCAGAAGCUCAAGACCCUCGCCAAGAAGAAGUACGGCCAGUCCGCCGGCAACGUUGGUGACGAGGGUGGUGUCGCUCCUGAUAUUCAGACCCCCGAGGAGGCUCUCGACCUCAUCACCGACGCCAUCGAGGCUGCCGGUUACACAGGUCAGAUCAAGAUCGCCAUGGAUGUCGCCUCCAGCGAGUUCUACAAGGCCGACGAGAAGAAGUACGACCUUGACUUCAAGAACCCCGAGAGCGACAAGAGCAAGUGGCUCACCUACGAGCAGCUCGCUGCGCUCUACAAAUCCCUCUCCCAGAAGUACCCCAUCGUCUCCAUUGAGGACCCCUUCGCUGAGGACGACUGGGAGGCUUGGUCUUAUUUCUUCAAGACCUCCGACUUCCAGAUUGUCGGUGAUGACCUGACAGUCACCAACCCCGAGUUCAUCAAGAAGGCCAUCGAGCAGAAGUCUUGCAACGCUCUUCUCCUCAAGGUCAACCAGAUCGGUACCAUUACCGAGGCCAUCCAGGCUGCCAAGGACGCUUUCGGCGCCGACUGGGGCGUCAUGGUUUCUCACCGCUCCGGCGAGACUGAGGAUGUCACCAUUGCCGACAUCGUCGUUGGUCUUCGCGCUGGUCAGAUCAAGACUGGUGCUCCGGCCCGAUCUGAGCGUCUCGCCAAGCUCAACCAGAUCCUCCGUAUCGAGGAGGAGCUCGGCGACAACGCCAUCUACGCUGGCUCCAAGUUCAGGACCUCUGUCAACAUGUAA